AUGAACACAAAUAGGACAGAGAAUUGUCUCUUACAGGAUUUUUAUUUUGGACCAUGUAUAGAGUAAUGUGAAGUAAAUUUAUAUAAAAAAGAUUCACCUUCAAAAAUAUCUAUUUAUUCAGAAUCAAGCUAAAAGCCUUAAUAAAUUCCAUAAAAUGAUGGAUAACCACCAAUAAACUAUUAAAUUUAGAAAUUAAAAUACUAAAUGGCCAGCCAAAAUUCAACCAAUUAGCAAGUCUAAAACAAUUUUAUCAAGGUAAGUAGAAGAAACUUAAUGGAGGGAAGGAAUCAAUAAUUGGAUAAAAAUGAAAAGAUUGGCAAGUUAGAGACACCUAAUAUUAUUAAAGCAAUAAUAAAUUCAAGUUUGAUUAAUAAGUUUAAACAUAAUUUGCUUUCUUCAUCUUAUGUGAUACCUUAGAGGAUGAAAAAAAUACUGGAAAACGAAGAAUAUUUAUAAGAGUUAAAAGAUAAACCAAAAUCAACAAAUUAAGUGUUUGAGUUGUAAUAAAUACAUAAUUUGCACCAAAAAAUGUUAAUUUACUUAUUAAUGCCUGAUAGAAACUUUACUUUAAUUUGGGAUUUGAUUUCAUUACUUCUGUUAUUUAUCUCUCUAUUUUUAUCCUCAUUCAUACCUUCCUUUGGCUAGCAUAUUAAUACAUUUAAGUCUAUAGAAAUUAUGAUAUUUUGUUAUAAUAUUUUGGAAUUUUUGUUUUCAAUACAUCGGCCAAUUAUAAUUAACACUGAAGUUGUUGUUGAAAUUACAUAAAUAUGGAAAAAUUAUUUAAAAACCUAAUUGUUAGAAGAUCUAAUCAGUUUUACUAUUUGGUUUUUAAUUUAUUUUGAUUUUGAUUUAAAAUUUAUUGUAAAUGAAACCAUGGCGAUUAUUUAAUUUAUAAUUAUUAUUAGGAAGAUAAAUAGGAAAUAUAACAUUUUGAUAGAGCAACUAUUCUUAAAAGGAUUUAAUAGUAAUAUAUUGAAUAUCGUCACUUUAAUAAUUACUAUUUAUUUUUUUGCACACACAAUGGCAUGUUUGUGGCAUUAUGUAGGAGAACUCACUUAAAAAUAAGGUUCUUGGCUGAGUUAUUACAAUGUUCUUGAUGAAAAUAUAUGGAUUAGAUAUAAUUAUUCUUUUUAUUGGGCAACAAUGACUAUGGUAACUGUAGGAUAUGGUGACAUUACGCCUAAGAAUCAAUCUGAAGUAACAUUUGCUACUAUUAUUAUGCUAUCCUCUAGCUGUAUGUUUGCUUAUACUAUGAAUUCUAUUGGAGUAAUUGUCAAAGCAAUAUAUGAUUAAUAAACAAAGUUUAAACGAACUUUAAUUUUAAUGAAUUAAUUCAUGUCCAAAAAUGAUGUAGAUUAACAAAUACAAAGAAGAGUAAAAAAUUACAUCAAGUAUAAUAUUGGCAAUAAUGUGCUUGAAAAUCAGGAGGAAACCACUAAAAUAAUUAAUGAAUUACCACUAAAUCUAGUGAAAUAAAUAGAAUAAAACAUUCAAUAUAAGGUAAUCUCAAAAAUCAAAGUGAUUACCGAUAAUUUCUAAAUUUCAACCUUAAAUAAAUUAAACAAUAUCUUAGUUGAAAUGAAGUUUACACCUAAUGAUUAUAUUUAUCAUAGGAAUGAUUAUAAGGAUAAAUAUUUAUAUUUUAUUAAAGAAGGCGAAGUGUAAGUAGUUGAAGAACAGAGUUAGAAAAUCGUAAAGAUAUUGAAAGCUGGAGAAACGUUUGGAGAAUUUCAGUUUUUUACAGGUCAAAAUACGAGAGAAUCUAUAAAAAGUGUUGGAUUCACUCAAUUAUACAAAAUAGAUAGAGAACAAUUUAUAAAUAUCAUCAAAAAUAAUCAAAAAGAUUUUGAACGAUUUUUUAAGAUAAAAGAUAGCAUUCUUUAUUCAAAAUAAUUUUCAGCUAUUUCUAUGAAAUGCCAUCUUUGUGGCUAAUAUACUCAUAUAUAAAUGGAAUGUCCGUUUAUGACUUAUUAACCCAAUUUAUAUAUUAAUAUUUUGAAAACGAAUCAAUCGCAUAUAAAUAAUAGGAUUUCCUAAAGUAGAUAAAAUAUAAAAUUUAAAUCAUUAAUAAUUAUCUAAUAAAAUUAAUAAAUUAUAAAAUAAAUCUAAGAAGACUAUCUAGAUUCCAUAAAUACAGAUAACAUGGUCAAAUAUUAAGUAUCAGACUCAUUAAGUUGUAGUUAAGAGUCUGAAUUAAUCUCGGAGAAUAAAUUUGUAUCAAACAAGUCACUUCCAAAACAGGAUUCUAAAAAAAAUACAUUUGUGGAAAUUAAAUACUGUGAUAAAUUAAAUUCGAGAAAAAUAGAUAGUGAAAAGCACAACUAAUCUUAGAUAAUUUAAAACAAUAAACCUUCCUUAAUAGUUAAUGAAAAAAGAAAAAUUAUGAGAAAAGAAACGCUUAUUUUUCGUUAAUUAGAUUAAUUUCAAAGAUAAUUUCAUUAAUAUGAAUUAGAAGGAUUUGAUAAAAUUCAUAAUUUCUCAGAGUAUCUACCUCAUAACAAUUUCAAUUGUAUAAUAAAAUAGUUCUACAAAGAGAAAUAUAAAUUUAAAAACAAAAAAUCAAGUAAAGGAGGAAGUAGUAAAAAAGAGCAAUGA